AUGGCCAAUAGGAAUGCUGCUGGACAUAAUGAGUGCUAUGCCCAGUGUCCUGCAUCAACAGUGACCAUCCAGCCACCACCUUUCAUCCUGAAUAUUCCAGGGCCUGCUCUCUACUGCCCAGACCAGCCUCUGGCCAUUGAGCAGUCCAACCCCUGUGUUGGUGCCGGUGGCGGCUACGGCGGUGGCAACCAUUCUCUGUAUGCUACUGGUGGCUCCAACCUCUGCCACCUCUACUCUCGGGCCCUGCCAAGCAGCAACUACAGCUACUGCUGCUAUCGGUAUUAA